AUGGCUGAGAAGGUGGGGGGCCCUUCAGUGGCUCAGUCGGUCGCCCGGCCGGGCCAAUCGGGGCGCCGCCAAGUCGUCGGGGAGGAAGAAGGGGGCGGGUCUUCCGCCGGACGUGGCGCUGGGGGCCCGGUUGCCGGGGCAACGGCGCGCUUGAGCGGGAGGAGAGGCGGCGUCACGGCGCUCCCGGCGAAGAUGGCGCUGGCCCGCAAGGGGGGUCGGCCGCAGCUGACGCCGGCCCAGCAGCUGGAACGCAAGCAGCAUGAGGCCUAUUUCCGGAGCCUGGCCGAGGAGGCGCAUGAGCGGAAGGUGCAGCGCAUUCACCAGCUGGAGGUCAUGUGGGAGGCCGAGGACCGCGUGGAGCGCAAGCGCGUCACCCGGCUGCUGAAGGAGGAGGAGCACGAGCAGCGCCUCGAGGACGCCAUCCAGAGGUCAGAAGAGAAUAAAAGGCUGCGAGAACUGGAGUUGCAGCAGGAAGAGAAGCUGGCUGCAGAGUUGGCUAAGCUGAAGCACGAGCAGCUGAAAGAUGAGAAAAUGAGGCAGCAAGUAAGAGAGAGCAGUAUUGAACUUCGGGAGCUGGAGAGGAAACUGAAAUCUGCAUACAUGAACAAAGAAAGGGCCGCCCAGAUCGCUGAAAAAGACGCUCUGAAAUAUGAACAAUUGAAAAGCGAUGCAGAGCUGGCCAAGGUCAUGAAGGAGAAGCAGGACAGAGCCGAGCAGGCGGAGAGCGCCGCUGAAACAAGGCGGAAUCAGGAGAAGGUCUUUUACCAGCAGGAGCUGGAGAAGCAGCUGGAGGAGGGCGAGAUGCGGAAGCAGGCCGCCUACGAGGAGUUCCUCAGGGACAAGCUCCUGAUCGACGACAUUGUGAGGAAGAUCUACGAGGAAGACGAAAGGGCAAGGCAGGAAAGGUUAGAGAAAAAGAGGAUGACUCAGCGCUUCAUAGAAGAGUUUAAACGGGAUCAGGACCUGCGGCGGAGGAGGGAGCAAGAGGAGAUGGAGGAGGAGAACAGGAAGAUCUUGGCCUUUGCCAACAUGUGGCAGCAAAGAGAAGACAGGCGGAUGGUUCAAGUCCACGAGAAUGAGGAGCAGAAGCGCAGGCUCCACCAAAUGGUGGUGGAUCAGCUGGAAAAAGAGUGGCGGGAGCGAGAAGAGCUGGAGCAGGUCCGUGAGGAGCUCUCGUUGGAGGAGCAGGCGGCAGCGGACAGGAGAAAGGAAAGGGAAGAGAUGGAGAAGAAAAUCCGGCAGCGCCUGGAGCUGCGGCGCUCCUACGAAGAGCAGCUGGCUGUGCGGGAGGUGCUGCAGCAAGCCAUGAAGGAGGAGGAGGAGGCCUUCUGCCGGGCCAUGCUGGCCAAGUUCGCGGAGGACGACCGGAUCGAGCAGAUGAACGCCCAGAAGCGAAGGAUGAAGCAGCUGGAGCACCAUAGGGCCGUGCAGCAGCUGAUCGAAGACCGGCGCAAGCAGUUCCUGGCAGACAAGAAGCGUGAACUGGAAGAGAGGCAGCUGGAAGAGAGGCGGGCGGAAGCCGUGAAGGCCAUCGUUGAAGAAGAGCGCCGCAAGCUGCUUCAAGAACACGCUGUCAAACUGCUGGGGUACCUUCCCCGAGGAGUUCUUAAAGAUGAGCAAGAUGUCGACAUGCUCGGAGAAGAGUUUCGGCAACUUUAUCAGAAGAGAAAAAAUGAUGGGCUUACAGAAGAAAACGAAGGUGAAUCUGCUUCUUCCCGAUAGCCGUGGCUCCCGUGG